AUGGCCAAGCAGAGGUUUCUUCUCGCUCUCCUCCUGGCCACGGCCCUCCUCGCGCUCUCCUUUUCGCAGGGGCUGGUGGAAGCGCGGAAGGUGCAGGCGCUGCGGCACAACGACGAGCGGCGCGCGGCGGCCCUCGGCGGCCGCCUGCUGCCGGAGGAGAUGGCGUACACGACCAUGGACUACGGGCCGCCCACGGCAAACACCAACACCCACGGCGGCAUGAUCCCGUCGCCGGACCCCUCCUCGCCGCCGACGCACUGA